AACCAGAGGACCAGAGGACCAGAGGACCUGAGGACCAGAGGACCAGAGGACCAGAGGACCAAGGAUUGUUUAUUUUCAAUGACUUACAACAAGGUUGGACGUCAACUUGUGUUUGGAGCGGUGUAACUGCGAGAGAUUUAACAGAACAUCAGUCUUUUCGAGCGCCUGGACGUUGGACAACCAUGCAGUGGGACAGUCUGUGGACGGUCCACGUCCUGCUAGCACUACUCAGCUCAGUCCAUGGAAACCUAGUGAUCAAUGACCCGUUGGCUGCACCUCGAGUCUUCAUCUCAUUCAAAGAGCUGAGAUCUACUGGAACCGCUCAUCACUUCGCCUUCCUCAUCAACACGUCAGACUACAGAAUCCUGCGGAUGGACGAGGACCACGACCGCAUGUACGUGGGCAGCAAGGAUCACAUCCUGUCCCUGGACCUGCACGACAUCAACAAAGACCCACAUAUUAUCCACUGGCCAGUGUCGGAGAGAAGAAGGAUGGAGUGCCUUGUGAGUGGGAAGGACACCAACGAGGAGUGUGCAAACUUCAUCCGUCUGAUCGAGCCGUGGAAUCGCACUCAGCUGUACAUCUGUGGGACCGGAGCCUACAAUCCAGUCUGUACCUUUGUUAACCGUGGACACAAGUCUCAGGCCUCCCUGUAUCUUCAGAUGUCCCAGAUCAGAGGCAGGACCAGCCGUGCGGCUGAAUCCAGUGCUGUGCACGAGACACUCGGAAUAAAGGAAGAAAUAUUUAAUUUGGAGCCAGGCAAAGUGGAAUCUGGGAAAGGAAAGUGCUCCUACGACCCUAAGCUCAACAGCGUGUCCGCUCUGAUCAACGGUGAACUCUACGCUGGGGUCUAUGUUGACUUCAUGGGAACAGACUCGGCCAUUUUCCGUACUUUAGGGACGAAGACUGCGAUGAGAACCGACCAGUACAACUCCAGAUGGUUAAAUGAUCCCACUUUCAUCCACGUUCAACUCAUCCCAGACAGUGCAGAGAGAAAUGACGACAAGCUUUAUUUCUUCUUUCGGGAGAAGUCCUCUGAGAUGGGCCAGAGUCCCGUGACCCAGUCCCGCAUAGGACGCAUCUGUCUGAAUGACGACGGAGGUCACUGCUGUCUGGUCAACAAGUGGAGCACGUUCCUGAAGGCCAGACUCAUCUGCUCUGUCCCUGGAGCCGACGGCAUGGAGACGCACUUCGAUGAGCUCCGCGAUGUUUACAUUCAGCCAACACAGGACACAAAAAACCCGGUGAUAUACGGAGUCUUCUCCGUGUCAGGCUCUGUCUUCAAAGGCUCAGCAGUGUGUGUCUACUCCAUGGCUGACAUACGUAUGGUCUUCAACGGACCCUUCGCCCACAAGGAGGGUCCCAACUAUCAAUGGGUGGCCUACACUGGGAAGAUCCCCUACCCUCGGCCUGGCACGUGUCCUGGAGGGACCUUCACCCCCAACAUGAAGUCCACCAAGGACUACCCAGAUGAGGUGAUUAACUUCAUGAGAAACCACCCAGCCAUGUACAAUGCUGUGUAUCCAGUCCACAAGCGCCCCCUGGUGGUCAGGACCAACGUGGACUAUGAAUUCACCACCAUCACUGUGGACCAGGUGACUGCUGCGGAUGGGAACUACGAAGUUCUCUUCCUGGGAACUGACAGAGGUACGGUUCAGAAGGUCAUCGUUUUACCCAGAGAUGACCUGCAGACCGAAGAGCUGGUGCUGGAGGAAGUCGAGGUUUUCAAGGUCCCAACUCCUGUGACAACAAUGAAGAUCUCGUCCAAAAGGCAACAGCUCUACGUUUCGUCAGCGGUCGGCCUGACGCAGCUGGCUCUGCACCGCUGCGAUGCGUACGGCGAGGCCUGCGCCGACUGCUGCUUGGCCAGAGAUCCUUACUGUGCCUGGGACGGAAAGUCCUGCUCCCGUUACUCAUCAUCGCAGAAGAGGUCCGACCCCUUUAGACGAAGCCGGAGGCAGGACGUCAGGUACGGGAAUCCCAUCCGCCAGUGUCGAGGCUUCAACUCCAACACCAAUAAGAACACUCUGGAGAUGGUGCAGUAUGGGGUGGAGGGGAGCAGCACCUUCCUGGAGUGUCAGGCUCGUUCUCCUCACGCUGUCAUCAAGUGGCAUCUGCAGAGAGACAACAGUGACCGGAGGAAGGAGAUGCGUUCUGAUGGUCGAGUACUGAAGACAGAACAGGGUCUCCUCCUGAGGUCUCUCCAACCGUCUGACUCUGGCAUGUACCAGUGCACAGCCACGGAGAAGAACUUCAAACACACCCUGGUGAAGCUGCAGCUGGUGGUGCUGUCAAGCAGGGCGGUCAACAGCGUGCUGGUGGAGGGCGGAGGAGGAGGCCUGGUGCCCCCCCAUUCGGCCCACUCUGGCAGCACCCAGUGGACCCCCAGUUCAGAGCAGUACAAGGACCUGCUGACCAUCCUGAGCCAGCCGGAGAUGAGCCUGAUCAAUCAGUACUGCCAGGACUACUGGCAGUUUGGAGACCCCCUGCUGGGAGCCCUCAAGGCCAAAGACCUGAAGGAGCUCAAGGAACACAAGAAGCCCCGCAAUCGCCGGCACCAUGGUGACGGGGAGGAGAAUGAGGAGCAGGAGGAGGAGGAGGUGCUGGAGGUAGAGACAUGAGGAGCCCGGCUUUGGGUCCUGAAAACAUCAGAGUCAACUCCCAACCCCACACACACACACACACACCUUAUCAUCCCACCAUGUAAAAACUGGGAGAGACUUAGUGAGAAAAGUUAUGUGAAAAAUCAUCAACCGACCUGGUAAAAAAAAAAAGGUGAACUGAGAAAAACCCACCGCCUGCAUACAUCCUCUCCAACAGCGAGCUACAGUAUCAGACACAGUAUUUAUUGUAGGUUGUAUAUAGUACCAUUCUGUGGAUUUCUUUGUACUUACAGAGAAAAAAAGAAACCUGCUCUAUGUGUAUAGGUACCUUUGGGGCAAAUAUUGUUAUUAUUGAUGUUGUUAAUUUUAUUGUUGCUGUUACUGUCAUCACAGAAACCUCUUACUGUCAGCGUCAUAGGACCUUUGUUGUUGGGCACGGACGGCGUCUCCAGCAGUGGCUGGGAGGCGCGGUGUGACAGGGAAACAAAUUCACGGGAUCUUGUUUUUUCUUUAUUGCUUGCUUUGACUCAAUUCCAGAACGCUUUUAUUACUGGACACAUGAGGAAUGUCAGAAAUGUAGUCUCCUCGUGGCUGCUGAGACUAUUUUAUCGCAGAGGGACCAGAAACACAUGGUCCCAGUUAUAUUGAGGAACUGGUACUUUCUCCAUGGGGACUGGGAGUGUGUCUGAAUUGGGCCCUUUAAUGUCAUUUUUAACUGGUGCGUGGACUUUUGUUCUUCUUGUUCAGAGGUUUGUUCAGAUGUUAACUGGUGCAGGGACUUUCUCAACAAAGAUGCUUCUUUUAAUAAGAGAGAUUUAACAUUUGAUAGACCACAGUUUAAAUCCCAUUAAGCAAACAGCAGCUGAGUUCUGUUUAAAAUUGAAUCAUGAUAUUUUUGUUUUAAAUGCAAAGAUUCUUUAAACAGUAAUGUGCAAUAAAAGGUCAAGGUUUUGCACAGAGGGCAUUAUUCUUUUUUUAAGGGACACUGUCUGGGGCCAAAUGCAGCAGACACUCGUGAAUGUUAGACUUUAUUUACGAAAAGAAAAUGUAGUGAGAGGAACCUGGGGUUCAGCUGAGGCAGCCGUCAUCUACAAGCACACAAACGCAUCUACCAUUAAACAUUCAUAUGUAAAGAAAAAAAAAAAUACACAACAGAACGUUGUAACAUUGUGACACUAACCAAAAUAAUGGGGAAGCUGGCUUUCGUUGUGUGCAUGAACCUGUACUUGUACUGUUAUCCUGAUAAAGAACUGUGUGGUUGUUUCUGUUAUUGUUCAUUUUUCUGUUCUCUGUUUCUGCAGUUGUACAGUUUAGACCAAGGGAAGUUUUCAGUACAGAACAAAAAGAAGAAAAAAAUGUUUUAAACCCAAACACUUUAAACACACUCCUGUAGAGUAAGAUGGAGUUUCCUAUGAACAUAAAAUAAGCAUUUUAUCAGACUUGUAUGUUUUUAUUAGACCCAUAAAAGUUUUGAAAUUCAAAAAGUAGCAUUUCAUUUAUAUUCAGUGACACGAUUCAUAAUUGGAGUGAAAUCAGGAAUAAAAGUGCGUUUAAGAUUGAAAUUAAUUCUUACUUUCUGGUUCACUCUUCCAUUAAAAUAACUGUGUUUACCAAAACAAAUGAAUGCAGUUUUGGAGCAUGUGUUUCUAUAAAGUUGGGAAUUAAUGCAUAGUGCAUUUAUGCAUUAUUUUAAUUGGCUUUAAUACUGUGUGCAUUGUUUGCAUCCAAUCCUAAAAUAUUACAGGAAAAUGUGAACGUUUUUUAUAGAGCGCAUCUUCAAUAUAGACCACGUCUCCAAAACUACUAAAAUCUCCUGGUUGUUGUUUUUUGUCAGAGGAACAAAGGGUUUUACUGUGCAAACAAAAUCAAAUUAAUAAAAUGUUGUAAAAUGUUGGUAUUUUAAAAAAAUAUGUCUUCUGACUUUAAGUGUUUUUUUUUUCAAUGCCAGACUUUAUAAAAAAAAUAAUAGAAAAAAAACCCUAAAUGCACAGAGGUGAUGUUAUUGUAAUGACUUGUGUAAAUCUUCUCUCUCCAUUGUUGUGGCUGACUAAUAAAUUAAAGCUCUAUAUUUAUAAGAAUGGAAUGCUCCCCACCUUCAUUGUCACGGGUCUUACACUGAAUGUUUACAUGUUCUGCCCAGAUCCGUCUGAACAAUGGAAUAAAGUUUUACCUGUUCAAGACA